AUAUAUGUGAAAUCUUCUUGUCCCUUUUGUGGCAUUGACCAGAGCUGUUUCUGACAGGGGGAGGGGGAACAGCAAUCUCAUUAUCAUUUCAAAGAAAAGAUUAAAUAACAAAGGAUAUAAAACCAAGAAGACCCGAAAGUUACUAACUAAAGAAUGAAGCAGAAACAAUUGCCAUUUCUUUAUGUAUGUCAGCUGUGUUCAGACACACAGUCAAGCAAUUCCUUAAGCUAUGAUUGUUGCAGACUCCAAACAAAUCUCAGAUCUUGUUUUUCAGAGUUGAAUUUUAAACUGCAUUAUUGGAGUAAGAAGGAAGAGGUAAAAAUGGGUCACACUCAACCUUGUCCUGUAUUAAAACACUCCUAAUUAAAAUGCCAUAAAGCCUCCCAGCUACUAUUUGUGUGAAGGCCACGCGAAAAACUCCCCCAGUGCUGUUUGCUGUAACUUCUUACGGAUUUGUUGAAUGUAUUUAUUCUCUUGUAUUAACACCAGGCAGAAAGUGACUAUAAAAUACCUUCAUCUCAAGCAUUUUUGAUUCACAAGCUGGAAAGUUAAAGGGAUGCUUGUUGCUUUGAAUUCCAACCUGCCCUUGCUGUAGCUUUAUUAUUCUUCUAAGAACAACUUUCUGCUACACUUUCUCCAAUUUCUGUACAACAGCAACUUUUACCUGGAAAACCACUUUCGUAUCUCCUUAUUCCACCAAAGGGUGGAAAAAAGAUUUCUGUGGUAAUGGAACUAAACCUACAAAACCAGAACAGCCAAACUUGUAAAACUCAAGCCAAUAGAAGACCUCUAUUAAAAGCACAAGCCCACAAGGAACUAAACAUAGCCUUGCUGUUCCCAUGCAUGGCUGCCUCUGUCAUUGCUUCCCUCCUGCAGAAGGUGGGGACACGGCCAGCUUUGUUUAUAGAAUCACUGCUCAGCCUCAGAUAACUGUGGGCAGGAAACUGUCCCUACCUCUGGGGCUUGUGAACUGAACUGCAGACUGUGUGUGUGCUUCGAGGCACCCAGAGAAUGUUUCAGCUCCUUCUAAAAAACUGUUUAUGAAAGUUCCAUGUAACAGUCCUUGAACAUGAACCAAAUGUGCAACCUCAGAAAAAUCAACUGAACAAAUAGAGAGUAGAAGUGUAUUCUGCCAAACCAAAGUGCAGCUCAGCCGAAUCUCCUGAAUGGGGAACACUGACAAAGAUAACGCCUGGCAGCUGUAGCUACAGCCCCACCCCGCUCCAGAAACUCAUCACAAGAACUUUGCUAAACUUCAGGAGAGUCUACAAGGGGGAAAAAAAUCCCUUUUAAGGAAGCAUUUAAUGACAAUCAAAUUGUACAUGCCCAUGCCAUUCCCUUGGACAAAGGAAGCAGAAGCUACUAACAUGGUUCUUUUCCUUUCCCUGUUCUGAGCUUCUGCACCAGUUGUUAGCCAAAAAUAAAUCCCAUUCCACAACCAUAUAUGUGCAACAACCUCCUGGUGAAUGUGAACCCCCUCCAGCACUGCUGUUUUACUCCACCAGGCCAAGACACACUGCCACUGCUGCUGGGCAAUGCACAUAACCCAGCUCAACCGGGAAUGCCUUUUACAUCUCUUCUCUUUUCUGGACAAAAACAGUAGGAAAAAUCUAGCAAAAACAUGUCACAAGUUACUAGAAGUAUUUCAGGAUCCUUUACUAUGGUCUUCAUUGAACUUUCAUUCUCCAGUGGAACUAAAGAAGGACAAUUUUCUCCUGGGACCUGCUUUAAAACACUUAACCAUCUGCUGGUAUUCAGAGAGAGUCAAGCUGUGUAACAUUGAGGAUUGGAUGAAAAGCAGUUUCCAGAAAGACUUCUGUAAGAGGCAUGAGAACACUGUCAGUGACUUUUUACUAGACGUUUGCAACAGAUGUCCAAAUCUGCUGUCUGUGACCCUCUCUGGAUGUGGCCAUGUUACAGAUAACUGCAUUUUGCAGCUUCUCAAGAACUGCCCAAACCUGAAGAGCCUCAAACUGGAGAACUGUGUGCAGAUCACUGACCACACCCUGGAGGCAGUGACCCUCCACGGGGCAUCACUGCAAACACUCCAUGUGGAUUUCUGUCGCAAUGUAACACAAGCUGGGCUAGAGAAAGUCAGGGAAAAGUGUCCGUCAGUAAUUCUCAGAGCAGAGAGAAGUGCUAGCAUGAUCCCAGACAGUAAGCCAGAAAGAAAGCUGAUGCUUGAAAAAGCAUCAAGAAAAUUGGUUCAGCUUUAAAGUGCGGGUAUUUUACCCCACUGAGGUAGCAAUGAACUGUCGCUUCUUCCAUGGGUUCUGGUCAAGCCCAAACAAAUGGUUGUUUUGUAAAGGGAAAAGACAUGCAUCUCCUCCUGGAUGGGCUUCAGGAAGAAACUGUUUCCUCUCUGCUGUUCCUUGAAACUGGCAAACCCUGGAUUGCUGUCACAAAAUGCCAGAUCUGCUGAAAACUGCAGUUCUGGUACCCUCCUGCUGCAGAUGCACCUCACUGAGAAGAGGGAAGCAGCAGUGUGUUUACUGAGGCUAAAUAAUUUGAUAGAGUUCAAUAAAUUUUAUGAACUUUUACAAAAGUCUAACAGUAGUUUGACACAGUGCAAUAAGUUUGAUGGCAAGGUUCACUGACUGCAUGGAAGAAACACAGAGUGAACUGAGGCAGAAUGAGUCACACAGGGACCUGAGAACACAAACAUUAAGGAAGAGCCUCCCACUGUGUCACGAGGUUCAGACUGGACCCUGCACUUUCAAAACUCCUUAUGUAAUGGGCAAGGGCAUAAAGCCACAUCAGAGAGAGCAUGAGUUACUGUAGUACUUUCACAACUUUGAAAACAAGAGUGAUUAACUUCUGUUAAAGGGUAUUACCAGGCAGUCAUUCCAACCACUAAGGAGGAUAACCACUCCCUGAAACAUCUUUCUAGCAAAAGCAGAGUACUGACUACCAGCACUUCCUCAGUGAUUAACAGUGGCAGUUAAUUUACAAGCCUUUUUUAGUUAAUGAGGGAAGCAUGGAUUCAAGGCACACAAAACACAGUUAGACCCUCUGCAUGAUGUACUUACAUAAUAAAAAAUGCACCAAGUUAUUUAAGGCUGACAUUAAAGGAAGUGCAAGCUGAACAAGUGCUAGUUCAGAGAACUAAUCCACAAGAAAAUAAAGUGGCUAACAGCCAGUACCAUUAAAUGCUAAAUUAGGAACGCAGUACAGACCAGCUGUACAUAAAUACCCAUUUCUCACUGCAAAGUACAAAAUCAGUAGCUAUUUCCAUCCCAAAACACAAGGCAGUCUCCUUCCUGCACACUGCUCUGCUAUCUGGAAGUGAAACUAUUUUUACAUACUUUUGAAACUAUGCUACCAUCUACAAAAUUUGACACCAAAGAGGACUUUACAGCUCUCAACAUAGUUGAAUAUACUUACUUCUCGUUCUGAUCCUGGUUAAUUGAUCCACAGAUAUACUUGGCACUCUCUAAUUUGGCUGAGGUAAGAAAUAAAUCACAGCAUUACAGCAACUUAAGUCAAACAA